CAAAGUAUCUAUUGUGUAGGGGUUUGGACUUGAAACGGAGGUUCUUCUUCUUUCACGGUCAUGUAUAACAAAGCCGUCAGUGAGUAAACUAUCAUUGAUCUGCGGUUGUACGCGGCAAGAGGGUGGUUUUGAACGGCGCGACCCAUAGGAGCCAGUGAGUUCAAUUCUCCCUUAAGCCAAACCAAAGCCCUAAGCUGAUAAGACUUAAUGGACUCUCUGAACCACAACGCCACUUUCCGGUCUUCACCAGAGAUGGAGAAAUUUCUCUGCAAUCGAUUACUUGACCCGACUCAGCCCAUCUCGGAGCGGUUCAGAGCUCUUUUCUCUCUUCGCAACCUCAAAGGUUCCGGUCCCCGAAAUGCCCUCAUACUCGCUACAAGGGACUCUUCGAAUUUGUUGGCACACGAGGCUGCUUUUGCUUUGGGUCAAAUGCAAGAUGCUGAUGCAGUUCCUGCCUUGAUAGCAGCUUUAAAUGAUCUCUCUCUGCAUCCCAUUGUUCGUCACGAGGCAGCGGAAGCCAUAGGUGCAAUUGGUUUAGAGAGUAAUGUUGCUUUGUUGAGGAAUAGUUUGGUCUUAGAUCCAGCUCAAGAAGUUCGAGAAACAUGUGAACUGGCCCUCCAACGAAUUAAGCAGUUGAAGGAUGAUGGUGGUAAAUCCACUGUUGAAAAGUCACCUUUUCUGUCUGUUGAUCCAGCUGCAGCAGCUACUUCAUGUUUGUCAGUACAUCAGCUUAGGGAAGUUCUUUUGGAUGAAGAAAAGGGCAUGUAUGAGCGGUAUGCAGCUCUUUUUGCACUUAGAAAUAAUGGUGGUGAUGAAGCUGUAGCUGCCAUAAUUGAUUCCUUGGGUUCAAAGAGUGCUCUUCUGCGGCAUGAGGUUGCUUAUGUGUUGGGCCAACUGCAAAACAAAGUUGCUUCAGCUGCUCUUUCAGACAUACUUAAGGAUGUCAAUGAGCACCCAAUGGUUAGACAUGAAGCCGCUGAAGCACUUGGUUCCAUUGCUGAUGAUCAAAGUGUGUCACUUCUUGAGGAAUUUUCCAUGGAUUCCGAGCCAAUCGUUUCACAGAGUUGUGAAGUUGCUCUAAGUAUGCUGGAAUAUGAACGAUCAGGGAAGUCAUUCGAGUAUUUCUUCAUGCAAGCUCCUCUAGUGCAAUAACAAUUGUUCAAAACUUAGUGAAAUAAAUCCAUAUCCCAAUCAAGGAAAACAUGUUUUGUUUGGAGACUCCAUUUGUUCUUCUUUACUUUGGCCAGUAUAUCUUAGACCAUAUUUAUACUAAAUUAUGGCUCUAAUAGCCAACAAAUGUAAUUUGAGGACUGAGAGUUAAAGGUUCCCUGGCACGUCGCACGUCUCUCUUUCUUUGUCUUUUUCUUUUUUAGCUAAUUUGGAUGAAAGUGUUGUGGUAAUACAUACUACAUCUAUAUACGGAGGAUAUCGAAUAUGUAUAAUACAUCUGUUCUGUC